AUGCAGUCUAUACUCCCAGAACCUAGCCCGCACAAAGCUGGGAGACGCGUGCUUGGCGAGAAGACUACCAACGCGUCGUUGACGACUGCUGCAAAGCGGAUUGCAGAUGCACCUUCACAGAAAACCUCAACAGCUGCAAUCCCAUUCAAUGUAUCAAGCAAUGCACCCCAGGGAAACUCCCGAGCCAUCUCGCCAGAGACUCGUCAUGCUGGACAAAAACGAACCAUUGAUCAAGUGGUGGAAGACAUUAGUGAGGUCGAGUCUGAACCUCGGAAGGUGUUCAUGACCUCUCAACCGGAGGGGGAACAGGGAUUUAAGAUAUUUGAUGAUGGGACUGGUACAAAGGCUUCUCAAACAACAGAGACUUCUCCAGCCGCCUCUACAGCACCCCGGACCGUCGAAGCAUUGGUACCGCGACAAACAGAAGAGGGAAUCUCGCAGAAGAGCACCAGAAAUGAAUCAAAAGAAGACCAUGUGAGCAGGGUUCCAACAGAGCCUGCGGCACGCAGAAUAUUCAUCCAGCAGAGAGCUACCUUAGCCAGAAGCAGACUCCAAUCUGCCAUGCGUCGCAUCGAGAACAAAUCUCUUGACCGCGCCCUCUCUCAAUUCGAGGCAGCAAACGGUCGUCCAUUUCUAAGAUACAUAUCCUCUUCUUCAUCUCCAUCCACGCCAAAUGCUCAACAGGGGCAACAAACACCUACGAAACAAAAACGAGUCCUACUGCCACCACUUCCUCUCCAGGCGCGGUCGCGACCUGUUCGUUCUUCUGCCCAAAGAACAACCCCUUCAUCAACAAGCAACAUCGAUAUUCCUAAGAAUGCAGAAGACGAGGAGGACAAUGUCGACGAUGAUGAGGACGACAACGAAAAGACCCCCAAAACUUUAAGUGACGUCAGACAGCAACAUACAACCGCUGAUUCUGAAGGAGCUGAAGUUGCCAUGAGUCAGGAAAGCGAUUCCCUAAUGGACAAGCUAGUGAAGUGGACGCAGUCAUCAACCGAUUCCAACCAUGCGAUUGAAGCAUAG